AUGUCUGAAGCAGCGUUGUAUAUAUUUGGCCUGAUCGAUGGCGCUGCGUUACUAUUUUUAACCGUUUAUUUUGUAUCCUUCAACUGAUCUUAUUACAUAAUAAUAGGUACAUUAUUUUGGACGUCACUCUCUCUGAAAAGUUAGUUUGUACAACUAUAAUUUGUUAGUUGUCAUAUGCAUGCCAUUUGUAGCGAUAUCUCAUUCUGUUGAGUUAAGAUUCCCGGCUUAAUUCAGUGCCAUCAGCAUUAAUUCAGUUCUGCUACAAAGGCAUAACCUUGAACAUGACUUAAUUAUCCUCAUAAAUGUAUCAUUUAAUAAUUCGCUUAUUACCGUUUAGUUUGCACUUAAGCUUGAAUCGUAAUUCUAUGUUUUACAUUGUCGAGAUUUUUUUGUUAACUUGAGUUUUUGCAUAAUCAAGAUCAUUAACUUAUCGGAUCUGGAAUGCGACUACAUCAAUGCCACUACAUGUUGCAGGAGACUUAACAUGGUAAGUGUCAUAUUGAGAUAAAGAAACCUAAAAACUCUUUCCAAAUUCAAACAGAGAUGAUUUGAAAACACGAAACGUCUCUAACCACACCCGGUAGUUAGAUAACGGCGUAACACCCCAAUAAUUUAAAAUUAGGAUGCAAAAUUAAGACUUUAGAUGGUUAUGACGAUACCUUAAUACAUCUAAAACGAUUGCUACAAAUCAAUUGUUACCACUACAACUAAUAUGUUAAGUUAUAUGUUCCCAUCGUUUUGUUAAUAUGAGAAAUCUAUAAAUUAUUUACCAACAAAAUUCAAAAUUCACAUGUAUAUUUUUCUAAUUUUGUUUUUUCAGUGGAUUCUUCCAGAAAUAGUUGCACAUGGAGUCAUAACAGUAUUGUUACUUGUACAUUUUCAGUGGAUAUUUUUCUUGUUCAAUGCUCCUCUUUUAGGUUGGCUUGUGUACAGGUGGGUUUUUCUGAGCACCAAGAAAAGAGUUCACCCCUCUUAUUUUUACAGGGUGUAGAAUUUUCUCUAUUUAGCAUUUUAAGAAGGACUUCAAGCCUGGAAAAAUGUUUGAAAAGUUGAUAUUUGGUGGGAAUAUUCUUGAUGUGACUUCCAGGAGAAGGAUAUAUGCUGCAAUAUUUUGUAGUGGACAGGUUAGCAAGAAGUGUUUAUUCUGUCCCCUAGAGGGUCAGGGUCUAUAGGUCUCAACCCCUCCCCCCUUGAAUUUACCUAGAAAUUUCAGCUCUAAGGAAGAAAGUUAGGGGCAAAGAGUAUCGUAAGUAAUGGCAACAUGCAAAUGAAAUCAUGAGGGAAAAUUCUAAGAUUGCCAAGAUUGUAAUGUUAUGUUGCCUGCAUGAACAAACCUGGAUUGUAUAAAGUUUGCCUUGUAAACUAAUAUCUUGUCUCCCACUUCAGAUUUGUUAACAAGCCAACUGGUAAUGUUGGUGUAUAUGACCCAGCAGAGAUCCACAACAGGCAUGAACUUAAAGGAUUUAUUAAAGAAGCUAUGAUCAAACUUGGAUUUCAUCUCUUAUUCUUUUUUUUAUAUCUCUAUAGGUAAGUUUAAGUUUUUUCCCAUAACGAUAAUUGUUUUCUAAAAACAUUAACAUGUAUAUAAACCAGUGGUUUUAAAUUGUUUCAAAGUAGGCAUCAGACUCUGAAAUUGAAGGUGAUUGUGAAAUGUUCAUUAACUCUUUAACUCCCAGAAGUGAUUAACAUGUAACUUCUCCCUAUGGUUUCCAUACAUUAUCCAGCAAACAGGUAGUGAGAAUACUCAAACUUAUCAGGUACAACAUAUUGUCUCGAUUGAACAACAAAUUCUUGUAACCAAUUUACAAGGAAAUGUGUAGCAGCUAGAGGGGAGAAUUAACAAUCAGAUCUUGGGAGUUGAAGGGUUAAAGGCCAAAUCUUGGGAGUUAACCAUAUCAUGUUUUGAAAUGUAUCUUUCAACAGUUUAAAGAAACAUAUCUUAUCUAAGCUAUGAAGUUGAGUUGUUUUUUUGUCUUCCUGAAAAAUAAAAUUAGCUUCCUAAUGCUCUUUAAGGAAAUAUUUGUGUUUUAAAGGUCCCAGAAAGAUAGUUGGAUUUUAUUUUCUUUUUCUCCUCAAAUCAAUAAAAUCCUGUUACUUUAAGGGUUUGGAUUUGUUUGGCAAAUGAACUUAUUGGUUUGAAUCCCUUGGUAGUAAAAAAAACUCUAUUGGAUGCAUUGUACUGAAUGAAAUAUUUUAAUUUUCUUUUCUGUUUAUAGUAUGAUAUCUGCUCUGUUGAAUGAAGAUACGAAAAAGGAGACAAGUUGAAUUAUGGUAGUUAUUUUUGGUAUUUACCAUCCAAAAUUUUUGCAAGUUUCAGCCUCCAGAUAAAAUGAACUUGGUGAAUUUGUAAAAACAAAGUUUAGCAAAAGUAGUGGUUUGCUCUAUUUUUUUUAAUUAAAUAUUAAUUUGUAGUGUUGUAACUGUUAAACUGCUGUUGCAACUGCUAACUUUUAUUCUAUAUCUUGACAUUUUGUGGUGUUUAAUUUUCAACAUUGUGGUUAACAAGAUGAUUUUUUCUGAAGUCCCAAGGUACAAAAUUUAUGUUUUCCAUUUUGAUACCAAAUAAUUUCUAAAGAAUUACCUCUGUUGCCAAAUGUUAAGUAUUGUUUGAAAAGAGGAAAUGGCUUAGGAGGGUUUGUUGUUUGGAAAUCAGGUUGCUUUUAAAUACAAAACAUAUUAUCUUCAGAAUUACACAUAUUUAUUUGUCAUUUUUGUACUAACUUGAAGUUUUUCAUAGUGAAUUGUUGUUUUUGUUAGAACAUUCUUUGCAAUUCCAUUGCAAUUAAAGGUAUUUUAUCUCUU